ACAGGUGAAGAUCGAACCAAGCUUGAUUCAACAGGAUUUGCGUGUGAUAAGGGUUCAUGGUCACUAGUAUGUGUCGCAGACAAACCUGUAAAAAUUGACAUGAGCACAAUGCGAGUCCACCUUCAGCCGUCGGAUCUGAGAUUCACACCGGCCGGUGAAAACACCACCACCGUUGUCCGGCCAUAUGCAAUGCAAGGAAAUCCGUACGUUAUCAACGACAUAACUCCGGUAACGAUCACGAGCUCCGAGCCAGAACCACCCACUUGUGAUCAUAACCACCAACAUCCAGCUGUGAUCUUCUCAUCCGGUGGAUACACCGGAAACAUAUUCCACGAAUUCAACGAGAACAUUAUACCUUUAUUCAUCACUUCUCGACUUUUCAGAUCUAAAGUGCACUUCAUCGUUGUCGAUCACAAAGCUUCAUUCAUUCAAAAAUACAGACGUGUGUUUUCGCGCUUAUCGGAUCACGAAAUCAUAGAUCCAGCAGUGGAUUCAGGCGUACAUUGCUUUCCUGGAGCUGUAACUGGUUUAAAAUUUCACAAAUUCCUAGGCGUAAACACAUCAGACAAUCCCCAAGGCUACUAUUCAAUGCCAGAUUUCAGAGAAUUCAUCAGACAAACAUUCAGAUUAAAAACACGAAGCGUUUCCGAGACACAGAAUCCUCCUGUUCUACUUCUAAUUUCUCGCCAAACAACAAGAAAAUUCCUAAAUCAAGCAGAAAUGGUGAAGAUGAUGGAAGAAGUAGGGUUUCGAGUGAUCAUUGCUAGUUCAGCAAAAGAAAUGUCGAACGUGGAGAAGUUUUCGCGGGUGAUAAACUCUUGUUCUGUUAUGGUGGGGGCGCAUGGAGCUGGGUUAGCUAAUGAGAUCUUUCUGCCAGAUGGGGGUGUUAUGGUACAGGUGAGACCACUGGGGUUCCAGUGGGACGUCGAUUCUUUUUAUAGUGAACCGGGUCCAGAGAUGGGAUUGAAGUAUUUGGAGUACAGGAUUGAACCGGAGGAGAGCUCGUUGGCUGACGUGUACGGUCUGGAUCAUCCGGUGCUUAGAGAUACUGCGUCUGUAGCGGCAAAAGGAGGAUAUGAAGCUGCACGAGAAAUGUAUUUAGAUAAACAAGAUUUGAGAAUAGAUCUUGAUAGGUUUAGAGAGACACUUAUUGAAGCAUUGAGAAUUGUUGGACGUCGAAUUGAUGUCUCCAACGCUUGAUUAUUUUAAAUUCUUUUAGGAAAUGUAUGGAAU